CUCCUAUUGCGACGCGUGAAGCCCCCUUUCUACGAAGCUCUAACUGUUGUCCCUGUAUUUCCUCCCCUGUUUCUCUGUAAACCCAUGUUGAUUCUGUGCUCGUACUUCUCUGGCUUUGAUAAAGCUUUACACUCAAACUCAAAAGACUCCAAUUUGGGAAUUCAUAAUUCAUCUCCAUUAAUCUCCCAAACCUGUCUUCAAUGGCUUCCGAACCCUCCUCUUCAAUCUCCCGAUACGCUUUCCACGUUUUCAUCAGUUUCAGAGGCGAAGACACUCGCAAGAACUUCACCGAUCACCUCUACACUGCCUUAGUCGGCGCUGGUUUGCGCACUUUUCGAGACGAUGAUGAGAUCGAAAGAGGCGAAAACAUCAAAUCAGAGCUCGAGAGAGCGAUCAAACAGUCGAGGAGUUCGGUCAUUGUGUUGUCCAAAGACUACGCUUCUUCCGGCUGGUGCCUCGAUGAGCUUGUGAUGAUUGUUGAACAAAGGAGGACCGUUGGGCACGUGAUUUUACCGGUUUUUUAUGAUGUUGAUCCGUCGAAUGUUCGGAAGCAAACUGGGACUCUUGCUGAAGCAUUUGAGAGGCAUGAGGCAAAAUUCAGGGUGGAAAUUGAUGAAAGAAAGAGGAAACAAGGGAUGGAGAAGAUGGGAUUGUGGAGGAAAGCACUUGGAGAAGUUGCUGAUUUGGGAGGUAUGGUCUUGCAAAAUCAAGCUGACAGGCAUGAGUCAAAGUUUAUCCAAAUAAUUGUUCAGGAGGUUGUGAGUAAAUUGGAUUUCACGGUCUUAAGUGUUACCCCCUAUCAAACUGGAAUAGAUUCUCGUGUAAAAGACAUUAAUCUGUGGUUCCAAGGUGGAUUGAACAAUGUCAGCAUAAUGGUGAUCUGUGGGAUGGGUGGAAUAGGGAAGACAACCAUUGCAAAAAUUGUUUAUAACCAAAACUUCGACAAAUUUGAAGGUAGCAGUUUUCUUGCGCAUAUUAGAGAAACCGCAAAACAACCUAAUGGUUUGGUUCGUCUGCAAAGACAACUUGUUUCAGAUAUUCUGAAGUGGAAUAAGGAAAGAAUAUACUGUGUUGCUGAGGGAAUCAAUAAGAUUAAAGAUGCUAUGUGCUGUAAAAGAGUUCUAGUUGUUCUUGAUGAUGUUGAUGAUUUGGACCAAGUAAAUGCAUUAUUGGGGAUGCGAGAUUGGCUUCAUCCAGGAAGUAAGAUUAUGAUAACUACUAGACAUGUGCAAUUGCUAAAGGCUGAUGAAGUGUACAAGUCGUAUGUGGUUAAGGAAUUGAAUGAUGAUGAAGCACUUUGUCUCUUCAGCCGGCAUGCCUUUGGACAAGACAAACCUAUUGAAGCUUACAUGGAGCACUCAAAAAGGGUAAUCCACCAUUGUGGUGGCCUUCCACUAGCUCUGGAAGCCUUGGGCUCUUCUCUGUCUGGCGAAACUAUUGAUGUAUGGGAAAGUGCAUUAGCAAAAUUAAGAACACAUUUUCCCGAGAAAAUUCAUAAUGUGCUUAAAAUAAGUUAUGAUUCUUUAGAUGAUCAUGAGAAAAAUUUAUUCCUUGAUAUUGCUUGUUUCUUUGUUGGAAAGGACAAAGAUUACACAGUUAAAAUACUAGAGGAAUGUGAUUUCUCCAUAACAAUUGGUAUUCAAAAUCUCACUCGUAGAGGUCUCAUAGAAGUUAAUAAAGAUGACAACAAGCUGAUAAUGCACCAAGUGCUUAGAGACAUGGGUAGGGAAAUUGUUCGCCGGGAAUCACAGAAGGAACCUGGAAAGCGCAGCAGAGUGUGGUGUCAUAAGGAUGCCUUCAAUGUGUUGAGGGAUAAAACUGGAAUAGCAACAAUUGAAGGCCUUAGUCUCAACUUAGAAGAUAUUCCAGCCAAGAGUGCAAGCGGUGCACAAUCCCAAAAUGAAGAUUUUCUUGCAGAACAUACAAUGUUUAAUGAAGGCAAUUCAUUGAAGCGGCGUCGCCGAGGCUUAUUCUCUUUUCUCCGUGUUAUUCCUGCCUUCACAGAAUCAUUUUCAGAAUUAGAUGAAGAUGAUUUGAAAACUGAUGCAUUUUCACAGAUGCACAAUUUAAGACUACUUCAGCUUAAUAAUGUAAGACUCAGUGGCGGAUACCAAAAAUUUCCUAAGAAGUUAAGAUGGUUGUGUUGGCAUGGAUUCCCUUUAAAAUCUAUACCAAAUGAUUUUACUUUGGAUAGCCUGGUUGUCCUUGAGAUGCAAAAUAGUCGCUUGGAACAACUCUGGAAGAGAACUAAGUCGCUCAGAUCAUUGAAAAUCCUUGAUCUCAGUUAUUCCUAUAGCCUUACCAAUUCCCCUGACUUCUCACAGCUCCCUAAUCUUGAGAGACUGAUCCUUAAAUAUUGCAUAAAUUUGGUUGGGAUUCAUGAAUCAAUUGGGGAAUUAGGGACCCUUGUUUUGUUGAAUCUUGAAGGCUGCAAAAAUCUAAGGAAGCUUCCAAAGAAAGUUUUUUUGGUCAAAUCCCUUGAACUCAUUCUUAGUGGAUGCUCAAUGCUGGAUGGGCGGUCUCCUGACCUGGGCAAGAUGGAAUCUUUGAAAGUGCUUCGUGCAGAUGGAACAAAUUGAUUACUCACUCGAUCAUUGGAUAGUUUAAACUGUGGUAUGAACUUUAUUGGCCUUCUUCAUCAUACUGGUUAGGAAGCAUGCAUCAUGUGAACUGCAAAUAAUGUUGUCAUGCUAUCUCAGGGGCUCUUGGUAUUCUAUCCUUGUUGCAAGAUUUGAAUCUAAAGGGUUGAGUUGGAAUCCAUGCCUAACAUGGUCUAUAUAUGGAAGUGAAACAUUAUUGCAGCCAAGUGGUUGAGGCUAUUUUUCAACUUAAUUGCAGACAUGCACUGAAAUUAUCAAAAUUUCUCUUUGGCUGAGUUGGAAUCCACAGCAAUAGUUGCAUCGGAACUGUUCAGUGAAGUAACAUGUACAAAAAGAAAGCUCCAGUCAUGUGAACUGAAGAUGUGAACAUCUGGCCUUUUGAAGUGUAUGAGUGGUACUGAUGUAGUUGGGAAGAGCAAAGGACUGCAGUGGAUGCAUAUGCCAACAUUCAUAGGAAAGAUUUUGAAUCAGUCAAUGGAAGAUGAUGAUGAAGUGGAUGUCUCAAUGGAUGCAGGAGAAGCUUUUCGGGUAAAGGAACUUGGAAUUCGUGUUCUUAUGUGAGCCUAAAAAGCAAUGGCAGCCAACACCACAUCAAUGAUCAUUGUCACCAGAAUGUCAUUGAUUUAUCAGCAUAUCGGAUGAGGACAGGGGACUACUUCCUAUGCAAUCACGAUUGAUUUCAUAGGGCUAGACUCUAUUACAGGAUUUUAGGUAUAAUGAAAAGUUUAGUUAGUUUUCUUCCUUCAAAAUGUAUGCUAGGCUUUUACACUUGCUGCAGAACUAUGGGUGUAAUGGAAGUGUCAGACAUUAGUGUAAGAGGAAGGUUUUUGAUUGGUGAUUUUCAGAUACCUGUCUACUAUGGUGAGCAAACAAGAAAAUUCUUUUUCAUUUUUGAGGACAUUUUGACCCGCGCAUAGAUCCUUUUUCAACUCCUUUGAAGAAUGGGUAUGUACUCCCAGCCAUAUUGGGGCAUAUUAUGAUCAUGUUUUGAGAGUGAAGACCAGAAGUUUCAAUGUUUGAUUCAUUUAUAUUUAUUUAUUUGUAUUUAUUUGGUUGUUAUAUUCCAUCUACUAGUUAUUUAUUUGUUUGCUUAUUUGGUAUGAACA